GUUUAUAGGAGUGGAAAAAAUAAUGUCUGGGUUUUUCAGUCUAGGUGGUGGUAGUGGUGGUGGUGGAGGAGGAAAUAAAGAUCAGGAAGACCAAGAUCUUCUUGGAGGUGGCGGAGGCGGUGGGGGAGGCGGCGGUGGCGGCAAUAGUAGCCUCUAUCUUUUCAAGAACGAGGAGAUCUACAGCAAGGGUUUCGAGCUAUGGCAGCAGUACUACCAUAUGCAUCACCAGAGGGAGCCUCACCUCGUCGACUUCUCCGUCGGGGUGGGACACGCCGGCGAAAACCCUAGCUCUGCGGCUGUGACGGUGGCGGCCGCGGCGCCGGGUGGGAGCAGUAGCAGCAGCGGGAAUUUGGUCGGGGACGACCACCAGAACGUCGUGCAGUCCGGCGGUGCCGGCGGAGGGUACUCGUACAGGGUGGUGAGGCAGAACGGGGGGACCAGCAGCGGCGGGAGCGGCGGCGGCGGCGGCGGCGGAGGAGUGAACUGCCAGGACUGCGGGAACCAGGCGAAGAAAGACUGCGCCCACCUGAGGUGCAGAACUUGCUGCAAGAGCAGAGGGUUCGAGUGCCAGACCCACUUGAAGAGCACGUGGGUCCCUGCCGCCAAACGCCGCGAGAGGCAGCAGCUCCUCCAGACGCAACAGCUCAGCCUCCGCGGCGGCGGCGGCGGCGAGAGCUCCAAACGCCCCAGAGAGAGCCCCUCCUCCCUCGUCUGCACCCGUAUCCCCACCGCUUCCUCAGGGUUAGAAGUGGGGACUCACUUCCCGUCGGAAUUGAACUCUCCGGCGGUGUUCCGGUGCGUGAAAGUGAGCGCGAUGGACGACGAGGAGGACCAAUACGCCUAUCAGACGGCGGUGAGCAUCGGAGGGCACGUGUUUAAGGGCAUCCUCUAUGACCAAGGUCUAGAGACCCGGUACAACUCCAUUGGUGGCAGUGCCACUGGUGGUGGUGAGAGCUCAGAGAUCGGUGUGAUUAAUGAAGGUUCCACCAGCUGUCUCCAAGUCGUGGCAAUCUCAGGCCAUCGCCUCUCUUUCGACGCUACCCCCCCAGCUGCUCUCGAUCAUCUUCAUCCUGAUGAUUCUCUCCAGCAAUUUUUGAAGGAAAUACCAAAUGAGUCAUCUGUAUACAACAAGAGUGGAGUAAAUCAAGGCACUUAUGUUGAAGUCCGAGUAUAAGAGAUCUGCAGAGGAUACAGAUUUUCUAUAUUAGUGUGGCACUGCAGGACGGCUAAAUAUAUCAAAGAGGUGACUUCCUUGGAUUGAUUAUUGAUAGUAAUGCGCCAUUAAAGUCGACCGGGCAAUGAUAAUUCUUAUUAAUGCAUCGUAAUUAGCGGAGUGUGCCAUCACUUUGAGUGCUGCAUUAUGUUAACUUGGAAGGAGGUAACAUAAUGAAGGCAAUGCUUCUUUAGUGCUUUUUUUUCAAUGAUGGAGAAUAAAGACUGAGCACAUAA